AAAUAUAAAACAUAUGCGACGAAUCUUAUUGUGCGUUCUUCUUGUACAGACCACAGAGGAACAUCAAAUAGACUGUGUCAGUCGCACAUAACAAAAAGCAAAAUCAGGUUUAAGAGAAUCGAUGUCGUGGAACUAGAUCUUGGUUUGCACCGAGGAUAACACAGAGAUAUAAAUCCAAUCGGUGAGAAGAAGGUGAUAGUGGAGAAAGAAGAAGCGAUGAAGAGCAAGACCUCUCUUGUUUUCGCCGUUAAUGGAGAAAGAUUUGAGAUUGACCUCUCGUCCAUUGAUCCAUCGACCACACUCAUAGAUUUCUUGCGUAACAAGACUCCUUUCAAGAGCGUCAAGCUCGGCUGUGGCGAAGGUGGUUGUGGCGCUUGCGUUGUCCUCCUUUCAAAGUACGAUCCACUUCUCGAAAAGGUCGACGACUUCACAGUCAGCUCAUGUCUCACACUCCUCUGCAGCAUCGAUGGCUGUUCCAUCACAACCUCAGAAGGCCUAGGAAACAGCAGAGUCGGGUUCCACGCGGUCCACGAGCGCAUCGCCGGUUUUCACGCCACGCAAUGCGGUUUCUGCACACCAGGCAUGAGCGUAUCCAUGUUCUCCGCUCUCUUGAACGCUGAUAAGACCCAUCCUCCUCGCACCGGCGUCUCAAACCUCACGGCUGCUGAAGCAGAGAAGGCUGUCUCGGGGAACCUAUGCCGGUGCACUGGUUACAGACCGCUCGUGGACGCUUGUAAGAGCUUCUCGGCUGACGUGGAUAUCGAAGAUCUAGGGUUCAAUACCUUUUGCAAGAAAGGGUUGCCUUGUUAUGACCAUACGUCUUCCUCUCUGGUGUGUACGUUUCCAGAGUUCUUGAAGAACGAACUCGAGAGUCUUGAUGAUCCAAGAGAGUACAGAUGGUCAAGCCCUGUUAGUAUCUCGGAGCUUCAGAGCUUAUUAGGGCUUGAUAAUGGAGUGUCUUUUAAGUUAGUUGCUGGUAACACGAGCACCGGUUAUUACAAAGAAGAGAAAGAGAAGAAGUACGACAGGUUUGUCGAUAUUAGACAUAUCCCUGAGCUCACUGUUGUAAGAAGAGACGAGAAAGGAGUUGAGCUAGGAGCUGCUAUAACUAUCUCCAAAGCUAUUGAGGUUCUAAGAGAGAAAGAGAGUGUUCUCAUCUUGGCGAAAAUCGCUACUCACAUGGAGAAGAUUGCAAGCAGAUUCGUGAGGAACACGGGAACGUUAGGUGGAAACAUCAUCAUGGCGCAGAGAAAACACUUCCCCUCGGAUGUCACAACCAUACUCGUGGCUGCUCGAGCCACCGUGAAGAUCAUGAGUACCGGCUCAGGUGCUCAAGAACAAUACACACUUGAGGAGUUUCUUCAACAUCCUCCUCUUGAAGCCAAAUCUGUUCUCUUAAGCCUUACCAUCCCAUCGCGGCGCCCUGCGAAGAAUGGUUCUUCUUUGCUCUUUGAAACAUACAGAGCAGCACCACGUCCUCUAGGAAACGCAUUGGCGUUUCUGAACGCAGCUUUCUCAGCUGAAGUGUCUUUGAGUGAAGGAGGUGACGGUGCUGUUGUGAAUGAUUGCUUGUUAGCUUUUGGUGCUUAUGGGACCAAACAUGCACAUAGGGCUAGGAAAGUUGAAGACUUCCUUGCGGGCAAAGUUAUCUCUGAUGAAGUAUUGAUGGAAGCUAUUAGCUUACUUAAAGAGGAGAUAGUACCUGAUAAGGGUACUUCAAACCCUAAUUAUAGAUCAAGCCUGGCUGUUACUUUCCUCUUUGAGUUCUUUGGGUCUUUAACUACAAACAGUUUGCUCAACGGAGGAUGCAAAGAGUCCUUAAAACCUGAAGCUAUCUUGUCAUCUGCACAACAGAUAGUUGAGAAUCAAGAAUAUAGUCCGGUCGGUAAAGGCAUUGAAAAGACAGGAGCUAAGCUUCAAGCAUCUGGUGAGGCUGUGUAUGUAGACGACAUUCCUUCACCUGAAAACUGUCUAUACGGUGCACUUAUCUACAGCACAAUGCCUCUGGCAAGGAUCAAGAGCAUAGGGUUCAAGGAGAACAGAGUUCCAGAGGGAGUUCUUGGCAUAAUAACUUAUAGAGAUAUACCUAAAGGUGGCCAAAACGUUGGUAACAAAGGCUUCUUUGCAUCUGAUCUUUUGUUUGCAGAAGACAUUACUAACUGUGCGGGUCAGAUUAUCGCCUUUUUGGUUGCAGAGAGUCAAAAGAUUGCAGAUAUUGCAACAAAGCUUGUUGUGAUUGAUUAUGACACCGAGGGGUUAGGAGAGCCAACACUGUCUGUAGAAGAAGCUGUAAAGAAGUGUAGCCUUUUCGAGAUCCCUCCAUUGCUGCGUGGUAAACCGAUUGGUGAUAUCACCAAGGGGAUGUCUGAAGCUGAACAUAAGAUUCUUGGAUCAAAGAUAAGUUUCGGGUCACAGUACUUCUUUUAUAUGGAGACACAAACGGCUCUGGCAGUGCCUGAUGAAGACAACUGUAUGUUGGUUUAUAGCUCGGCACAAGCCCCUGAGUAUGUACAUAGAACCAUAGCUGGAUGUCUUGGAGUUCCUGAGCAUAAUGUCCGUGUCAUCACUCGACGUGUUGGAGGUGGCUUUGGUGGGAAAGUCAUGAAAUCUAUGCCGGUUGCUGCAGCUUGUGCACUUGCAGCAUCCAUAAUGCAACGUCCAGUGAGGACAUAUGUGAACAGGAAAACAGAUAUGAUAACUACUGGAGGAAGGCAUCCAAUGAAGAUUACAUAUAGUGUUGGAUUCAAAUCCAACGGUAAGAUCACUGCUUUGGACUUAGAGAUUCUACUUGAUGCAGGGCUAAGCGAAGAUGUAAGCCCUCUUAUGCCAUCUGGGAUCCAAGGAGCAAUGAUGAAGUAUGAUUGGGGUGCUCUCUCUUUUGAUGUGAAAGUAUGCAAAACAAACACUGUGAGCAGAACUUCAGUUAGAGCUCCUGGGGAUGUGCAAGGAUCUUAUAUAGCUGAAGCCAUCAUUGAGAAAGUAGCUUCAUAUCUUUCCAUUGAUGUGGAUAAGAUCAGGAAGGUUAAUCUCCAUACAUAUGAGAGCUUAAGGCUGUUUCAUAGUAACAAAGCGGGUGAACCCACUGAGUAUACUUUACCGCUGCUUUGGGAUAAACUAGCUGAGUCCUCAGGGUUUAACCAGAGGAUAAAGGGUGUUGAGGAGUUCAAUGCGUUAAACAAAUGGAGAAAGAGAGGGAUCUGGCGUGUGCCUGCGGUUUAUGUAGUGUCUAUGAGGUUUACACCAGGGAGAGUAAGUGUGUUGAGUGAUGGGUCGAUAGUGGUUGAGGUUCCAGGGAUUGAGAUAGGACAAGGGUUAUGGACAAAGGUGAAACAGAUGGUUGCAUAUUCACUUGGACAGAUCCAGUGCGGUACUACAAGCGAUGAGCUUCUGGACAAGAUCCGUGUCAUCCAAGCAGACACGUUGAGUUUGGUACAAGGCUCGGUAACUGGUGGUAGCACAACCUCUGAGGCUAGCAGUGAAGCGGCGAGGAUUUGCUGUGAUGGCUUAGUGGAAAGGCUUUUACCUGUUCAUACUGCUCUGGUGGAGAAAACAGGAGGACCUGUGACUUGGGAGAGCCUCAUCAGUCAGGCUUAUCAACAAUCGGUUAACAUGUCAGUUAGUAACGUAUACACUCCGGAUAUCUCCACUGGCUACUACCUUAACUAUGGAGUUGCAGCAAGCGAGGUUGAAGUAAAUAUAUUGACUGGUGAAACAACGAUUCUGCGGACUGAUAUUAUCUAUGAUUGUGGGAAAAGUCUCAAUCCUGCUGUGGAUUUAGGACAGAUUGAAGGAGCAUUUGUUCAAGGACUUGGGUUCUUCAUGCUUGAAGAGUACUUAAUGAACACAGACGGUCUCAUAGUAACUGACAGCACAUGGACUUACAAGAUCCCAACGGUCGACACAAUCCCAAGACAGUUUAAUGUUGAGAUUCUCAACAGUGGACACCACAAGAACCGUGUUCUUUCAUCCAAAGCUUCCGGUGAACCGCCGUUGCUUUUAGCGGCUUCUGUUCACUGUGCGGUCCGAGCAGCUGUUAAAGAAGCAAAGAAACAGAUUCUGAGCUGGAGUAGUAUCAACCAACAAGGGGUUGAUCUGAGCUUUGACUUGCCUGUUCCAGCAACCAUGCCUGUUGUGAAGGAGUUUUGUGGACUCGAUGUGGUCGAGAAGUACUUGGAAUGGAACAUCCACCAGAAGAAGAACAUUUGAUAGCUCUGUGUUUGUUUUUGUUACAAAUGCUUCCAACUUGUUUUGAUUGCACAAGAAUAAUGUUUGGGAUUGCGUGUUAAACCGGUUUACGUAAUAAGCUGCAUGUAGCAUCACAA